CGGGUGACGGAGGCAGGCGCCCGGCCAGAAGGGCUGCAGCCCGCGCUGGUUUGCCAUCAAUCCAGACGUUGUCAUGGAGAGUUGGUUUCGCGUCCUCGUCAAGCUUGAUCGGUGGAAGCAAUGCCCCGCAGUUUUUGCGACCUUUCCAGGACGACGGAAGGAGCAGCUCCGUAUGUAGCUAGAGGUGGCCUGGAGGCUGUGGUUAUUUGCGCGAUCAUUUAGAGGCGAUUUGUUCUUUUCUUAGCUUCAAUUCAAGCUCGAGUUCAUCUUUGAUGGUUCUGUGAGCCUGCGGAGGGGCAUCUGUGUGUGUUGAUUGAUUGUUUCGGGAGAGGUGCAUUUGAGAAUACGGCAUUACCAGUGCGUGCAGCGGAGGAGUGAUAUGGCGCUUUUGUGACGCGUUCUGUUUUUUUUUCUUUCGCCCUUUCGCUGAUGCAAGUUUGUUCGAUUGGCAUGAAGGAGAACUACCGGGAUUCCGUGAAACCUAUUUCGUCGAGGAGUCGUGUGCUGGUCUCCUUUGCAUUGUGAUUUGCGUUAUAGAAUUGCUGCCCUGGCCUGAGGGCUCUAAUGCGUGCACGUCCAUGGCAGAAGCUGUCUUGCGGGGCUCAGGUAGUAUCUGUUGAUUUCCUUGAUCAUUCAUUGAAAAGGCUUCCAUGAUUGAUGAGACUCCAGCUGCUGAAUUGUGACGACAAGAUUAGCGUGGCUUGGUGAUCUUUGCUGUAUAAUUUGAAGCAAAACACAAGAGUUGGAUUGGAGGACAGGAUUACUCGUGAUUCGGGUCGCCUGUUCCUUGAAGUGAAGUCAUACUGCCUGAUACCGGGAUCUAUGCGAGGAGAGCUCAAUGCAGGAAAUACCUUAUGAUGUAUCACAUACUCCUAUUGACUAUGACGGUCCUGUCAUCGUCAAUGAAUCAAGGGCUAAGAUUUCAGAAAAAGAUCGUAGGGGGGAGAGAAGAGAACAACGGGUUGCUCUAGAGAAGGAUAUCGUCCGGCUGCAGAAAAAGCUGAUGUUUGAGGUUAACAUGCGCAAUGCACUUAAUCGUGGACUCAGCAGGCCCCUGGGCUCCCUCCCUCGAAUAUACGCCAGCUUGCCUUUGGAGACAAGAGAAUUGCUGCUUGAAGUGGCGGUACUUGAGGAAGAAAUCAUGUCUCUUGAGAAGCAGGCUGUCUACCUUGAAAAGGAAAUUUUAAGCGACGCUUCAAUAAUGGAGAAGGAGCUAAUCUACCAGGAUCCGCAUCAAAUGCUAUCUCCGGAGAAAUUAGAGAUUCUGGUCUCCACUUUGGUGUCUUCGAAAGACUCUGCUAGGAUAUUCUCAAAACCUUCACUGUCUCCACGGAAGUCGAUCGACCAGGAGAAUAACAUCUCAAAGCCUUUGCUUUGUGUUGGUAGAAGUGCAGAAAACAAAAGUAGUCCCAAGUCGAUGUCAAUCCAUUCUAGAAACUCUGUUAACAAUGGAAGCCCCAUUAAGUCCCCAGCAUCUCCUUGUAACUCCUCUGACCCAAGGCGAAUCACCACUACGAAACAUCAAAGUCAGAGGAAUAGCCUAUUUGAAAAGACACCGCCAGGGGACUCGAGGGACCUCAAAAGCAGAAAGAUCUCUCCCAUUAGAAAGGAGCACCAUGAUAGCUCUUUGUUUGACAGGCAUACAGCCCCGUUAAUCCCAAUGAAGCCGAGCGCUCCUAAAGUUGAGUGCACUUCACUUAUGUCACCUCUUCCUGUAAGCCCCUGCGGUGUUGGAAAAUGUUUUACAAGGCCAUCGAGGGUCGAGACUGGGGAUAGAAAGCCACCUGUGAGAGCACAUGCUCAAUCUAGAAGAAAUUGCAUGAUCAGCAAUAUAGUUUCAACUGCAGAUCGCACUCUGCAAGCACCGACCACUCCUAGACCUAUGGGAGACGACAAGGGCCGAGGUGGCCCUGCUAAGCGCUCCCCACGUCAAUCUCGUCAACCACUGAGUCAUGGCACCCCUAGGACGAUAAAAGCUUCGGCAAUCACCAUAGAGCAAAAGAUGGAUCAUACUCACAAAACCUCUUCAGUACGAAAGAUAGGCACACCACUGAACUGUGAAUCAAGACCUAAAAUCGUCUAUCAGAAUGAUGUCAGUGGUGGGGCUUGCAAAUACAAUCUGAACCACGUCGUCAUUCCUAACACUAAAGGGCUUGACGAAGAUGACAAAUCUAUCAGCCUUCCUCUAGACCUUGAGAAGCCUGCUGGCUUGCGACUAAUUGGUCGUAUGGGACAGACAAGUCAACUGACGUGUUCACUCGAAAGAAACUCCAAACUUGGAUUGGAGCAUGUAGCCAACUCAAUAUUGCUGUCAGAGCAAGUGGUUAAGUUGCUUAAAACAAUCUAUACAAAAAUUCAAGAGAAUCAGCCGCCCUUGGCGUCUGACUUUAACUCUUCAUCACAAGCUUCAGUGUCAACAAACCUUUCCAGUGCAAGCCUUGACGAUUGUGUGAUGAGAGGUAGCGGUCAUAUCAAAUUAAGGCUGGAUGACUGUCACACUGAAACUCUUAGCACAAAGACUAGCGCCACCAUGAACUUUAUGCGUUAUUAUUAUUCAGGUGAAGUUGGGAAGGUACUCGACCCAUACUCUCACCUGAGCGGGGGCAAUAUGAGCAAUCGAGUGACAGGUUUUGCAUCAAAAGGCUGAUGAGCUGGAACUCGGAAAAUUCUGUCAGAAGACACGGCCAAUCCUUCAUCAAGCAUUCAAAAGCUGUGCAGUUUUGUUUUGCAAGUGGAGCUUACUGAUAAACUAAAUCAGUUACAUUCGGAAAGUUCUGAGAGGAGCGAAAUCCGGAUAACUUGCGCAGCCAUUUGUUUAACGUUUUCUUGCACUAGAUCUCCUUUUCACAAUCAGUAUAAAUGCUGUGCACAUAGAGAUAAGCUGCAUUUCAUCUCACCGUAAAUACAAUAGGUAGAUUGGUAACAGUAGCAUGUACGGAGAGAGGAAUUGCAAAGGUUUGCGAAUAUUAAUGAUAUUUUCAAGUUGUUAACAAGCAUUCAUAGGGUAAAAAAGAGGGCAUAGGGCCGAUGUGCCUUCUGAGUGACAUAUACAAACACACAAGCAAAGCAGAGGGCAAGUCAAAAAUAGUUCAUAACGAUAAAGAAAUCCGUGCUGUCGACUGAAAUGCUUUCGCUGGCGCGGUACCAACUUGGAAGGCAUUUUACAAGCUUCAGCUAAAGCACGGCACGACAAACUGUUUCAUAUACUUUCCCUCCAGAGAAAUUAUCAGCUCACGCUGAUUAUCAUGAAAAAUUCAGGUACCAGCUCUUCUUCGAAGUUCAACUCGUAUUAUUACUUUGUAGUUUAUGCUCCUGAAAAUUUAAUGAGAUUGGGUUUAACCCAACUGUAAAAUGUAAAAGAUUUACAAGUUGAGUUGUUCUUAACUUGGUUUCUUCCAAUUCAGAAAGCCUUCUACCUA